AUGAAGAUCCUCUACAUUGGAGUCCUCAAAAAUGAAGAGAAGCCCGCCAUCGAGCUCAGCGCCGAAACCGAGCUCUCCUCUUUCUCGCGCUUCACCCGGGGCAGCAUCGCGGAGUUCCUGUCCAUGUUCGCCAAAACUGUCGCGGAGCGCACCAAGGCAGGCCAGCGGCAAGACGUCGAGGAGCAGCAAUAUACCUUCCACGCCUACGCACGCUCCGAAGGCGUUGCCGGAAUUAUCAUCACCGACCACGAGUAUCCGGGUCUAGUGGCACAUCAACUCUUGAGCAAGGUCCUGGACGAGUUCCUGAGCAAGAACCCACGCAGUGCAUGGGCAAACAGCAGUUCUGGCGUUCCUUUCCCGCAACUACAGGAGUACAUCAAGAAAUACCAGGAUCCGCAACAGGCGGWCAGUAUCAUGAAGAUCCAGAAGGAGCUUGACGAGACCAAGAUUGUUCUGCACAAAACCAUCGAAUCCGUACUGGAGCGUGGCGAGAAGAUAGAUACCCUCGUUGCGAAGUCCGACGGCUUGAGUGCGCAGAGCAAAAUGUUCUACCAGUCGGCCAAGAAGCAGAACAGCUGCUGCACCAUCAUGUGA